AGUGACACAGCGCCACCUGCCGGUCACCGUCUGGUACAAUUCGGGGCUGAAAAGCGCCGCCGUCGCCGCGUGGAGAUGUUUUGAGGAGUUUUUUGGGUUUAAAUUCCGGUUUAUUUGUUUUCUGUGGUUUCAGUGACACAUAUUUGUUUCCCCUAAAAUUACGCGGUGUCGGUGAGAGGCGGUGUCGGUGAGAGGCGGUGUCGGUGAGAGGCGGCGGCGGCGAUGUUCGUGGCGCGGAGUAUCGCGGCCGAUCACAAGGACCUGAUCCACGAUGUUUCCUUCGACUUCCACGGCCGGAGGAUGGCGACUUGUUCCAGUGACCAGAGCGUCAAGGUCUGGGACAAGAGUGAAUCUGGGGAAUGGCACUGCACGGCCAGCUGGAAGACGCACAGUGGGUCAGUGUGGAGAGUCACGUGGGCACACCCUGAAUUUGGACAGGUCCUGGCUUCCUGCUCCUUUGAUCGGACUGCGGCUGUGUGGGAGGAGAUAGUGGGAGAGUCCAACGACAAACUGCGUGGACAGAGUCACUGGGUGAAGAGGACUACACUGGUAGACAGCAGGACCUCGGUGACUGAUGUAAAGUUUGCUCCAAAGCACAUGGGCCUGGUGUUAGCCACCUGCUCUGCGGACGGGGUGGUCCGGAUAUACGAGGCCCCCGACGUGAUGAACUUGAGUCAGUGGUCACUGCAGCAUGAGAUCUCCUGUAAAUUGAGCUGCAGCUGCAUUUCCUGGAACCCCUCAAGUUCCCGUUCUCACUCCCCGAUGAUAGCGGUGGGAAGUGAUGAUAGUAGCACGAAUCUGGGCGGCAAAGUUCAGGUCUAUGAAUACAAUGAAAAUACCAGGAAGUACGCAAAGGCAGAGACACUCAUGACUGUUACUGAUCCCGUACAUGACAUUGCAUUUGCACCAAACCUUGGAAGGUCUUUCCAUAUUCUUGCGGUUGCAAAUAAAGAUGUACGGAUUUUCACACUAAAACCCUUAAGAAAAGAAUUAAGUGGUUCAGGAGGGCCAACCAAAUUUGAAAUUCAAACAGUGGGUCAGUUUGAUAACCACAACUCCCAAGUGUGGCGAGUGAGUUGGAAUAUCACCGGUACAGUCCUGGCCUCUUCUGGGGAUGACGGAUGUGUUAGACUAUGGAAAGCUAAUUAUAUGGACAACUGGAAGUGUACUGGCAUUUUGAAAGGAGAUGGGAGUCCUGUGAAUGGUGGCUCUGCCCAGCAGGCAAUGGGAAUUCUUAACCCUGCCUCAGGAACAGCCAAUCUGCUUUUACAGAACACUGUUAAUGGAACAUCUUCUGGAAGAAAGAAAGCACAGCUGAUCUCAAGCUAACUGGAAUAACUUUGCUGUUUUGCUGCUUGUUGCAUGCACACAGGAAUGAAAAGCGAACUCCCUUUUCCCCUCCCCAGCGUCAUCUGAUCUCCUAAGACCACCAGCAGCCUGCUUACUACUAAUCUUGGACAUACAGCUUAUAUGAAAUUAAUUAAUUGUUUUUAUUUGCUUUUUUUUCAAAUUUAUCAGUUUUGUUCUGGUACUCCUAACCGUUGGCAUCAAAUGUAUAGAACUCAAAAAGAGAGAUGUGUUGCUUUUGAGCACAGUGCCAGGCUUGAAAUUAAUCUAUUUUGCAUUUUCUGUCGCCAUGUAUCAAGAAAAAACAGAACUAUUACACUGACUCCUGUUAUUUUGUAAGAAUUUAAAGAAAACACUGUAAAAUACAAGGUGAAUUAAUUUGACAACAUUUAUUCUGAGCUGUGAAAUUUUCAUUUUAAAUAGGAUCUGCAUAUAGUUGGCACAUGCACACAAAUAGUGCUUUGGGCAUUACAAACUUAGCCAUGAAAAUAAUAAAUAUUGACUGGAAUUUAACCAGAAACUCCAAACGACAGUAAAUGUGUUCUUCCUGCAGAGUGGAAACAGAAUUCCGUUUUAUUCCAAUAGAAUGCAUUAAAGUUGAAGGAUCACCUCUAUACUGAAUCGCAUGUGCAUGCCUCUCCUUUCAAUAUUUAUAUUUUACAUUUUCUUCUAGUUCCCGAAAAUACUUCUAAUAUUUUGGAUUGAUAAGUGUGUAUUGAGUAAAUGUAAAUUUGUAAGAUUGGGUUGAAACUACCGUUCUUUUUGAAGGUUGAACUGUUGCAUGAAAUUGCUUUAAUGGCCACUGAUUCCUGAGUCAAGACCCACUGUUUAGUUCUAUUUUUUUAAGCAUGUGUAUCUUUUAGUUUUCUUAUAUUCACCACUUUUUCUCUUUGUCUUUUUUUUCUCAUUUUUUUCCUCUCUCCUGUGUGUUCCUGUCUACAUCGUUUCAGGUGUUUCUUUCCCCCUUCGGACCCUGCUCGGGCUGGAUCAAGAUGGUCCAGUUAUGCCCAGCUUCCUCCUCCUCCUCCUCUGAUAGAACAGUCUUGUGAUGCUGAUACAGCCUAUCUUCAGUAUCGUAACCCUCACAGUCGAUUCUCCUCCAGAUCUCUUAAUCCCUUACCAGAAAAUGAAGGGGUGCAAUAAAAAAAAACUACUUACUCAGAGCUGGUGAUUGUAUACGUUUAUGCUAACAUUUUUCACCCCUUCAUACUUGUACUAUACAGAGUACACAUCUUCAGUUGGUAUCUUAGCAGCUUAUUUUAAUUGGCAUUCAUACAUGGAUCGUGUACAU